AAGAAAAUAUAUAUCUCUUUUUAAGUUUUUAUAGAACUUAACUAGACAUGACAUUUUAAGCCUACACGUUUUCUAUUCCUAAGUUUUUCCCCUAUGAAUCAGAGAGCGUAAACAUGAAAUCUCAUAACCAGAGGUCUAGAUCAAGAUAAGGCCGGUGAUAGCCUGGCCAUUAAUACCCGCUUUUAUUUCAUCUUUAAAGGCGAUCGAUAUCUGUUGAUCUUGGCGUGGUCCAAAUCAAGUAACCAACGAGGAUUUUCUCUUAUAUACGGCUCCAUCGGCUUUUGUUUUCGAAACAUUAUACCCCGGUAUAAGGCAAGCCUUCGAGAACUAAUCCAAUGGCGGCCGGAGCCGGAGGUGGCCAAGAGCUGAAGCUGCUAGGCGCGUGGCCAAGCCCGUUUGUGCAAAGGGUGCGCCUCGCGCUGCACCUCAAGGGGAUCACCAACUACGAGUAUGUGGAGGAGGACCUCAACAACAAGAGCGACCUUCUCCUGGCAUCCAACCCCGUGCACAAGAAGAUCCCCGUGCUUCUCCAUGGCGGCAGGCCCGUCUGCGAGUCCCUCGUCAUCCUACAGUACCUCGAGGACGCCUUCCCCAAAGCUGGCAACGCCCUCCUCCCCGCCGAUCCCUACGACCGCGUCGUCGCUCGCUUCUGGGUUGCUUACGCCGACGACAACUUGUUUGCCGCGUGGAUCAAGUCGCUCAUCGGGACGACGGAGGAUGAGAAGGCGGCGGGGACGGCAGGCGCGCUUGCGGCGCUCCAGACGCUGGAGGGCGCGUUCGGGGAGUGUUCCAAGGGGAAGCCUUUCUUCGCCGGCGACGAACCUAGAUACGUGGACGUGGCGCUCGGGGGUUACCUUGGUUGGAUGCGUGCCUACGAGGCGGUGGCCGGAGUUAAUCUCCUGGACGCCGGCCGAACACCCCUCCUGGUGGCGUGGGUGGAGCGCUUCGCCAGGCUGGCCGCUGCCAAGGGGGUUUUCCCGGAGGUCGACCAGAUCCUCCAGUAUGGCAAGGCGCUGCAGGCGCGGACUGCAGCAUCUGCUACUCCGAAUAACUGA